AUGGUCAAGAACAACCACACGCCCGCUGGCGGCAACAACACCUCCGGGGACGGCCGUCUUAAAGAGGAGGGCCUGACCCCGACGACGUCCACGUCAACGCCUCACCGGAUAUUCAGUGUGGACGACGAUCCAAAGGAGAUCCAGAGUGACAUUCGGUACCUGGAGGGCCUCCACGAGGGCCUGAAGUUUGCCCUACACGCCAACAAGUCCAAGCGGUCUGUGAGUUCGCAGUCGCCUAUGGUGCAUAGCAGCAACAACACGCUGCAUCACCACGAGCACCAACAACACUUGCCGCCCACGCUGGAGUUGCUGUCGUCCAAGGCGCACUCCGUACCAGACUUGAACACGGUCACUUCAGCGUCUCCAAGGCGGCUGCACUCGCCCAUCCGGGAGCUGUCCCACGACGGCAUCGAUGGCAUAGACGAUAACGACGACAGCCGGUUCAUCAUUCAUGAUUCGCACGGCCAUGACUUGCUGAUCGAUGAGAUCAACUGCCAAUCGCCCUCACACCUGGAGAGCAACGACCAGGCGUCGAGCACUUCGUCUCUGGAGUCGUUCACGCUGCGAGAGAGGCAGGACGCCAUUAACGAGACCCAUCCGUUCGGUAUUAGGAUCUGGAAGCCUGCUCUGUACAAGAAGCACCGGUCCGUGCAAAGAACUGCUGCCCAGGACAUCCACGAGACACAGUUGAAGACCAUCACCUGGCAGGUGAACUGUUCCAAUGCACUGUGGUCGAUCUUGUUUGGCUUGCCCAUCGCGAUACUUUUCUACUCGGCGGCUAUUUUGGUGUUCUUAUUGGGCGGUGGAGGACUGGUGACGAGCUCCGCCAAGGACUACUCGAAGUGUUUCUACAAGCUUGCCAACUACUUUCUGUGGCCGUUUGGCAAGAUGGUUUACCUGUUGCAGGACGAGCAGUAUUUGCAAGAGGACAAAGACGAAGGAAUCAGUAUGCAGCAAUUUUACGAUUGGGUGACGUCGUACUCCAACAGACUCGUGUUCCAUCAAUCUCAGGCCAAACUGCAGCAGAGAGAGGAACAACCCGUCACGGAGUCCUCCUCGUUGAUGCCGCCUAACACAACCACAACGCCACUGAAUUCCAACCACCCUUCUUAUAAUUCCAUAAGACACCAAAUUCCACAACCGGCUGCCCAAAGAAGGUACUUUGGUAGAGGGGAAUGGAACUGGGGCCGUGUCCUUUUCUACACCAUCUUUCAUCUCGCCAUGGAGCCCAUUCUUGCCCUCUUAUCUCUUUGUCUAUGGCUUGCUGUGUUUACCAUCCCCAUGAGUAACGUGCUGUGGCAAAUCAUGUACCAUUGUAGAAGACACCCACUGGCACUAGGCUUCAAGAAUAUCGAGAAUUCCUCGCAAUCGCACGAAAACACAAUCAUCCAGCACCAAUUGAACAAAAAUAUCCUCUUGUGUACGUUCCGUGCCGCUGGUUGGCAUUAUUAUAAAUACACAGUGGAUGGUACAAACGUUAUCGUUGUUAACUUGAUCUCUAUUGUGUUUUUCACCAUUUUUGAUUUUUAUGUUUUGAAGAAUUUUCUCCAUUGGAAAACAUGGAUCACUAACGAGUCUUCUAUUUUCAUUCUUUGUCUGACUUCCACAAUCCCAUUAGCAUUCUACAUUGGCCAAGCAGUCGCAUCGAUAUCCGCGCAGACAUCCAUGGGUGUCGGAGCUGUUAUUAAUGCGUUUUUCUCGACCAUUGUGGAAAUUUUCCUGUAUUGCGUAGCUUUGCAACAAAAAAAGGGUCUCCUCGUAGAAGGAUCUAUGAUUGGUUCCAUCCUGGGUGCCGUGCUGUUAUUGCCAGGUCUGUCCAUGUGUGGUGGUGCUCUGAAUAGGAAAACCCAAAGAUACAACCCGGCAAGUGCUGGUGUCUCCUCCGCACUACUGAUCUUUUCAAUGAUUGUAAUGUUUGUCCCCACCGUUUUGUACGAAAUUUAUGGGGGUUACUCAGUAAAGUGUGCAGAUCCUGCUAACGAUCGGGACUGUACCUUUUCGCAUCCUCCCUUAAAGUUUAACCAUCUGUUCACUCGCAUCAUCCAGCCAAUGUCCAUUUCUUGUGCCAUAGUUCUUUUUUGCGCCUAUAUCAUUGGGUUAUGGUUUACUCUAAGAACGCACGCGAAGAUGAUUUGGCAAGUACCCAUCACAGAUCCAACCUCGAGUGCUGCUGAACAACAAGAAUCUAAUGAACAACAAGAGCAGGGUCACCACGACGCACCCAAUUGGUCAAGGACCAGAUCUACCUGUAUACUACUGAUGUCCACCUUGCUCUACGCAAUAAUCGCAGAGAUCCUGGUGUCUUGUGUGGACUCUGUCCUAGAAGACUUCCCCUCUUUGAAUCCAAAAUUCCUCGGUCUUACGAUUUUUGCCUUAGUCCCCAAUACCACAGAAUUUUUGAAUGCCAUCUCAUUCGCUAUUCACGGUAACGUGGCCCUCUCGAUGGAAAUUGGCAGUGCCUAUGCCUUACAAGUUUGUCUUCUACAAAUCCCUGCUUUGGUCAUCUAUUCCAUCUUCUACACCUGGAGCGAGAAAAAGUCCCUGAUUAAUAUCAGAACGCAGAUGUUUCCUCUAGUCUUUCCCCGUUGGGACCUCUUUGGUGCUAUGACGAGUGUUUUCAUGUUCACUUAUUUAUAUGCUGAAGGCAAAAGCAACUAUUUCAAGGGUUCUAUGCUGAUUUUACUAUAUUUUAUAAUUGUAGUGGGAUUCUAUUUCCAAGGCGUAAUUUCAGAAUAG